AUGACGAUAUGUCCUGACGUCAACGGGGCCUCCGUUUUUGUGGCGACGGAUACUCUCGGUGCUUGCGAAGAUUGCCGUUGCGAUGAUUCAUUUGGCACGAUAUUCGAGAUAUCGCAGUAUAUUUUCAUGAAGGAAACUACGCAUAAGGUCGCUGAAAACUCGUCGACAGCCCACGACCGGUUUCUCCAUUUUUGGGACUCAUCAGGUAGGCACAGUCCCCGGCGACUGAAACAUGAGGCGGCCUGGUGCAGCACAUUCAGUUGCCUGAGAACAUCACAAACGAGAGAUUCAGCUGGGUUCCAGGGUUCGCCGGAGAUGUCUGCUCUCCCCAGUUACGUUACAUUUUGUCAUGAGCACAAGACUGGUAGGAAUUUGAAAAUCGCCAUUGACCGGAAAGCAACAGGCACGCUUUCGACCAUCCUUGGUUCUCGGUCUGAACCUCCCAAGCUAGCGUUCACGUCAAAACAACCAUUAAAGGUGCACAAGGCGGUUAUAACUCUGGAAUUUCUGACGCGUUCUGGAUGCGCCAUUGACAACCGGCAUUUCGCCAAUAAUGGGUCAUCUCGUCUUGAUGCCGGACCGGCAAGCGUCACGAUUUCUUGGCCAAUCUCGUGCGGGCUAGGCUUAUCGGCCGUUGCAGCGUAUACCGGGAUCUGUGUAGACGCAGUCCCCGAGUUUCCGUCAACCUUAUGCUCUUCUGGAAACCAAAUUGCACGAAAUUAUCGAAAUACACUCAUUGGCAAACUAAUUUGGUUUUUCGAGAGACUCACCCUGAACUUGGUUGAAUCUCUCAUUUGUGAUGUUUCCAGGCAACUGAAUGUGCUGCGGCAGGACAUCUCAUGUUUCAUUUACUACGAUAUUCGAGAUAUCGCGAUAUAUGCGGAACUUUCUAGCUCGCACUCAGGUGUUGCUACGGCCGAGAAGUUCACCCCACGCAAGAUUGGUCGGGAAUUCGGGACGCUUGCCGGUCCGGUGUCAAGACGAAAUCUGAUUGGUCGAAAGUCUGGACCCAACAGCCAAUCAUUACCCAGUAUUAGCCGAAUGCCGGCAACUGAAUGUGCUGCACCAGGCCGCCUCAUGUUUCAGCCGCUACGAUAUUUGAAAUAUCGCGAUACAUGUAUAUAUUUGUAUUGUAAUGUACUACUCAUAAGGCUGCUGAAAAUCCGUCGACAACCCACGACCCCACGACCCCCUUUUUGGGGCUCAUCA